AUCUAUGGUCGUCAUCUUCUGCAAAACCGAUAGCGUCACCGUCAUGGCGGCGCCCAUGGCUGACAAUUGGAGCUGGUUUCCAGCGUUAGCUCUGGGAGUUUCGUUCGUCAAAUGUCUCUUCAUUAACGCCUAGUGAGUGGAAACAUUUCAUUUUGACCUGUUUUAUUUCUCAGCCCAGUCUCAGGGAAAUAGUUUGAUUGUUAAGACGGUAUUUCACCUGCUGCUGUGGUUCCUGUUAGCAUCGAGCUAACUGGGUUAGAGGAGUUGAUAGUUUGGGUGAGGGUUAGAUGAGUUAAAUAUGUUUGAUUUUAAGUUGUAUAACUAAGGUGGGGGUGUUUAUGUGUAUUAAUUUGACGUGUUAUCAAUCUACCUGUUUGUACAAAUAUGUAAACGCUCUGUUAGAGGCCGGCUAUUAAAUAAAACAAAUAUAGAUUUUUUUAGUAUUUAAAGUCAUACAAAAGUAACUGAUAAAAAGCUCCCGUUAUAAUACAAUUUCACUCUAUGUUAGAGAAGUGCCUCCAGGAUGUCCUUCCUGAUGAUUUUAGUGAUUUAACCUCAUUUUUUUUUUAUUGAGAGCUCAGUUUUAUACCCCAUAAAGUGUCUUUACAUUUAAGUCAUUAAACAGUCAAAUCAAUUUAUUCUGUGAGUUUAUUUACAUUACACUACUCAUCCAGUUCUUUGGCGAAACCUCAAGCAAGUCCAGUUAUUGAUCUGGAUGAAUGAGAACCUACACAGAAACAUUACGCUUUAAUUAAUUUGUGUUUUCUUCAUAUGAUAAAGUUCCUGUUGUCAAAUGUCUUAAAACUAUUCAUCAGAACGCAGGAUUUAUGUUUUAGAUUGUCAGACUCUGUUCAUUCUCAUAAAUGAAUCUGCAUUCAAAUCUCAUUUUUCUGUGUACUUUUGGUUUUUGUCUUUUUGUAGUCAUUCUACCGACUUUGAGGUGCACAGAAACUGGCUGGCCAUCACUCACAGUCUUCCAGUGUCCAAGUGGUACCAUGAGGUCAGUACGAAUACACAAAUAUACCACAAAAUGAACUGUAUAUAAGUAAAUGUUGAUAUUAUAGAGGAACGACCAAACAGGUAAAAAGUUGUGUGAUGCCAAAAAAACAAAAACAAAAACAGCGGGAGGAAUGUCUCUCACACAAAGGGGGUGAAUUUCCAACAGGUUGGUAACGAGAUGGAAGACGUUCACCACUCUGUGAGAAACUGCGUGAGCUAACAGUUUCAGAAUGAUGUUCCUGCGUGUGACAGAAUGAGUGGAUUUUAUCAUCUACAGUUACAUAAUAUCAUUAAAAGACUCAGAAUCUGGAGAAAUCUCUGUACGAAAGGGACAAGGACCAGAACCAAGACUGGAUGGUCCUGAUCUUCAGGCCCUCAGGCAGCACUGCAUUAAAAACAGACAGAACUUUAGAGUGGAAAUCACUGUAUGGGCUCAAACUGAGUUCGUCACUGCAUCCACAAAUGAGGUGAAAACUGAACCAUAUGAAGAGGAGACCAGAUAGAAACAAGAUCCAGAAACACCAGAGACGUCUCUGUGCUUUAACUUGUUUUGAAAUCAUGGAUAUCAUGUCGUCUGCUCGAGUCAUGGACACUCCAUCCUCCACUUUUAAAGAAGAGAGGGACCACUCGGCUUGUUCUCAGCUUGAUUCUCAACAUCUCCAUUUCUCCUUUUCUCUGUGUGUUGUGUUUUUUUUGGCUGAUCUGGACAUUGUGUUGUACUGAAAAAAUACAUAAAUCUAAAAAUAAAGUAAACAUGAAAUAAUUUGAUAAUGUUCUUGUCUGUGUAGAACACCUCAGAGUGGACUCUCGACUACCCCCCGCUGUUCGCCUGGUUCGAGUUCGGUCUGUCUCAUGUAGCUCAGCACUUCGACAGAAACAUGCUGCAGGUGGAGAACCUGAACUACGCCAGCCCGGCCACCGUCCUCUUUCAGAGACUGUCGGUGGUUUUUACUGACGUGGUUUUUAUCUACAGUGUCAGAGAGUGAGUACAGACGGUCUGUUUAAAGCUGAAUGAAUCACUGAAAUGUUCCCAGUUGUGUUGAGCUGUUUUUUUAAUCAACUUUGAAGAGGGAAGAAGAGAUGGUCAGUAAGCUGAUCUCGUAGUUUGUUUUGAAGGCAAGGUGAGGACUCAAAUAAGGAAAAUUUGUGUCUUUUUUCCUCCUUUUGUUUUAAUUUGAGAAAAACAGCACCAAAAACAGAAAAGGAACGAUGAUUUAUUUAAUAAUCAGUUGAUAACUUGUAAGUUUCAGCCAGAAACCAGAAAAACAGACGUCCAGGUAGACAGAGUCCUGUAUGUCUUGUUUACAGCUUGAUUCUGAUUGGCUCUCUGUCCACCUCCAGGUGCUGCAGGUGUGUUCGGGGGCAGAAAGGCUCUGGGGAUGUUUUGAACCGGCCGUCCUUCGUCCUCGCAGUCCUGCUGCUCUGGAACUUCGGCCUCCUCAUCGUGGAUCGUAUCCUUCCUCUGCGAAACACAAAUCCAGUCAGUAUGUUCAGAACUUUAGUUUCUGAAUGUUUAAAUCUGAUCUCUUUUAUUAUUCUCUGGUUAUCAUAUAAUAUGAGUAAAUAAAUCCAACCUUGAUCAUCCUGAGUUAGAAGAUCAACAUCCUUCACAGUUGGCUCAGAUAUUCACUUCCAGUAUAACGGUUUCCUGUUUGGUUUCCUGCUGCUGUCUGUAGCGAAACACCUGCAGGUAAAUAUGAAACUGACAGUUUUUCUUCAGUUUACUCAGCAGAAAAAGACCAAUUCUGCUGCAAUGUAACUGACUAAGCGUGGAAAUCUGAGGGUUUAUUAUAAUAUCGAUUAAUACAAUAAAAUAUAUGAUGAUAUAUUUUAAAAAAACAGGAUGCAAAAAGAUACAAGACAACAUUACAAAACCUCAAAACCACAGUAUAUGCUUGACUAGAAACACAAUAAUCUAGGACUUAUCAAGGACUGCAAAGACGACUGAAUCUGUGAUCCGUAUGAGUCGACCUGAUAAAUGACAGUAUCAUCUACAUAAGAGAUAAUUGUGACAAUUAUUGGAAGAUCAUUGAUGACAAUGGGGGAAAAAAAGUGGACGUAAUACAGAACCAGCAACUGUGUAAUUGGACCAACGUUUUCUGUUGCUCAGUCUCAGCACCUACAGGGGGCGCUGCUGUUCUCCAUCCUGCUAAACCUGAAGCACAUCUAUCUGUAUGUGGCUCCGGCAUACGGCAUCUACCUGCUGAGGAGCUACUGCUUCACUCAGGACAACAGCGGUACCACAAACACACCUGACACCUACACACUCUUAAGGCUUAUACUGAGGCAGAACAUUCAUCACAGACAUGCCGGACGGGCAAACAGAGGGCGAGUGUGUAGGGCGAGUGUGUAGGGGGCGGUUUGGAAUUGGGCCUAUAUACAGUCUAUGGUUUGAACCUCCAUAUAACAGGUUUUCUCUGUGUUGUGCCUUUCGGCCCUCUAGCGGAUAAUUGAUGCACUGCAUGUAUCUGUGUUUUUUUCCAGGGAGAAAUAAUCACACUGCUGAAGUAGAGAUUUUAUAAAUGUGUGUUUUAAUUAAAAUUCGUUUGGGUUCAAAUCUUUUAUCGCACCUUAAACAUGAGAUUUGUGUCCGAGCAGAUGGUUCAGUCCGGUGGAGGAGUUUCAGUCUGCUGCGGCUGGUCGCUCUGGGCACCAUCGUAGUCACCGUCUGCGCUCUGUCCUUCGGGCCCUUCAUCGCUAUGGUGAGCAGAGUCUUCCUCCUUUAACAGACAGCUGAGGGUCAAACUGCUCCUGAUUGUUUAGUCACUGAAAGUGGAUUAAUAUUUGAAGUUUUGUGUUUAUUUCAGGGUCAGCUCCCUCAGGUCCUCUCUCGUCUCUUCCCCUUUAAGAGGGGCCUCUGUCACGCCUACUGGGCCCCCAACAUCUGGGCUCUCUACAACAUCCUUGACAAGAUCCUGGCGAUCCUCGGUGAGCCUCCGCCUCCUCGAAAGCAUCAUCCAAUCAGCUGUACAGGAUGUUUCAUUGAGGUGUGCUUUGUGUUAAAUGAUUGAUUAGGUGUUCGCCUGAAGCUGCUGCAGGAGGCGGAGCUUCCUCGAGCCUCCAUGACGGGCGGUUUGGUUCAAGAGUUUCAGCACUCAGUCCUUCCUUCCGUCUCUCCCUCCAUCACACUCGUCUGCACCCUGCUGUCUAUCCUGGUGAGUCACAACAAGAUGAAAAGUGAAUGUGACAUAAAGUGAGGGAAAGUGAAGUCUCUCCUCACCCUCUUGUCCUCUCUGACUCGUCUCUCUUUAGCCGGCGGUGGCGUCUAUCUGGCGGCGCCCUCGUGGUGCUCGGGGUUUCCUGCGCUGCCUGCUGCUCUGCGCUCUGGCUUCCUUCAUGUUCGGCUGGCACGUACACGAGAAGGCCAUCCUCAUCGCCAUCCUACCGCUCAGGUCAGAAUCAUACCCUCUGAUACUCGAUCUCCCUGUGAAGCUCAGGGUCUCUCCGUCAGUCAGACUCAGGUGGUUUUGUGUCUGUCUGUGUUUCUGCAGCAUCCUAGCAGUGGAGAGCAGAGAGGAUGCUGGGAUAUUCCUGGUUCUGAGCACCACAGGUCAUUACUCCCUGUUCCCGUUGAUCUUCACUCCGGCAGGUAAACUCAAAACAGACUCAGGUUUGAUCUGAAAAGAGAGAACGAGGAUGUGGAUGUCUGAAAAGUCUGAAGCUGAGUUUGAGGUUUUGACUCUCUUCAUCCCUGGAAUCACAAAGAUAACCAAGGUUUCUCAUCUGUGCUGCAGAGCUGCCCAUCAAAGUGGGUCUGAUGUUGAUGUUUGUGAUCUACUCAUUCACCGCUCUGAGGAAACUUCACAGGUGAACACACAACAAUUCUACUCCUUCCUGAUCAGGUUAAAAAUGUGCUGUUAUAUUUUUCACAGACAGGAUCUGAUGAAGUUCCAGUUUUUAGGAGAAAUCUUGAAUGUAAACUCUACCCCUCCCAACCAGUUUUCCCCUCAGCUCCUCCUCUCCCCUCCCUCUCUGCUCCAGCAAGCCCCUCCCACAAACGGACGCUUCUGCUCGCUCGUAUCGUUCCAAUUAAAUUCAGAUAUAAUGCAGAUAAAUACUUCAGAUAAUUACAAAUGGAGCCCAGUCAAGGUGAAAGUAAAAAGCAUUGGUGCUACUGUAGAUGCCAACAGACUACCAGCAAACACAAUGUUUGCAGGACUUCUACAACUAGGAUAAAGUGACAUAGUCCAGGACCCGAGGUCAACAGUUUAGCGGCGCUACAACAUGCUACAGCAGGUCCGUUUGACAAGAAACACUUCUGUUACAGACACUUGGCUUACUUUGUUAAAGCGGUUUACCUGUCCAGAAGAAAGGUUAGAGGGUCACCAAGAUCCCCAAACGUCCCCCAUCGUUUAUGUUGACCCGGCUUUUUAGCUCUUGUACGGUCUACCUCCUUUUUAAGCGCCCGUUAUUCCACCAGAGUCUCAGGUAUUUACUUUGUUUUCUUGCUUGUUUUGGCAUUCAUGGCCAAAGGAGGAUUCAGACAAUUUUCCGUACUUUCUGGUUGGUUUCUACUGUCUGAUAUUGUAGCACACUAACUUUGUUUGGGCUCGUGAACGACACGGGGGAGCAGCGUCUGCCUCACAACCAAUCAGAUUGAAGGAGGCUAAGAAUGGCUUUGUUUACAGUCAGAAAGAGCAGGCCGCUUAAAAAUGUUAAAAUGUUGACCAUACAGGCAUAAGAGUACAAAGCAAUAUCGUUAUAUUACCAAAUGUCAUCAAUAACUAAUAACUAUUGACUGAUAUUAAAAGCUUUUUUGUAUAAACCACAAAAAAAGAUGCUUCUUUAACGGAUUCCUUUCCACACCUCCUUUAAGAUGCUUCAGUGGAGAAAUGAUCUCUUUUGAUAUUAAAGGUUGAAUAACAUCAGAGUUGAAAUUUGAACUCAUGUUGGUCAGAAACGUUGUUUAAAAGUUGUAAAAUUUUCAGAUUUCAUAAGGAACUCCAUUACCCAGAGUGCUUUGUUUUCCUUAUUAACCUGACACUCUCUUCUCUCAGUGGUCCAGGUUCUCUCCUUCACCCUCUGGAGUCGGUCUACCUGCUUGGACUGGUUGUCCUCGGGGUCGCCUGUGAGGUGGUCGUUCCUCUGUCACCAUGGCAACAGAAGCUGCCUUUCCUCCCCCUGCUGGCGACAUCAGUGUAUUGCGCUGUGGGCGUGUGUUACUCUUUCCUGCGUCUGUACAUCAGCCUGCUGAGGGAGGAGAAGAAGAAGCCCAAACAGCAGUGACGUGAUCGAGAUGUCAGAGGUCAGAUCACCAAAUACACCUGCAGCACACCUGACCGCCAACAAACACGAGACGCUCAGACACUGACUGCUCACUGUGUGGACCAAUCAGAACAAAGGGACCAUCACAUUUUCAAAAAACUCUUCAAAAACUGAUUCCUGCUUCAGUUUUGGUUUCUUUUUGGAGUCUUGACCAAAUAUGGACUGUGACCUCACUUCCUGCGGUCAAAGAGGAACGUUUGGGAGCAUAUUUCCUUAGAACACCUGUUUUUGAAACAUGCCAUGGAGGAAAAUCUCAGUUAUAAACAACCUGAAUCCAUCCUCACAGACUGAAGAAGUCUCCAAAAUAACUAUAAAGGUGAUGAAAAGUGAAAAAACGGCCUGAAUUUAAUGCCAUCCUGCUGUAGCUAUGAUGUCUUAUAUUAGGAGCUUUGUUAGAUAAAUAUAAACCUGGUAACACUUUCCAAUAACCAUAACUUAUAAAUGGUAAAUAGACCAUUUAUAAAUGGUAAGCAGAUAGUUUAAUCAUCAUCUAUAAAUUACAUAUAGACCAUCAAUAAAUUAUAAAUCUUAUAAUUUUAAAACCCUAACUUUACAAUAACCACCUAACUAAUGUUUAUAGGUGGUUUAUAAACCAAAUAUUAACCAUUUACAAAGUGCUUCUGACACACAUUUUAAUCUAGAUGUUUCACAACCAAUAUUAAAACACUGUAUAAACCAUAAAUAAAUAGUCCAUUAAUAAUCAAUGAAAAUUAUUAAUCAUAAUUUCAUUGCUUGUUAAUGGUAACUAUUAACUUACAUUAAUAAACUAUCUAUUUGCCAUUUAUAAAUGAUGGUUAUUGUAAAGUGUUACCAUAAUCCCUUAUUAAGAUGACACUUAAAACAGGGGAACUGAGUGUGGAACAUUCCUGGAACAUGGACAUAAACUCCAGUUUGUCUGGAUUGAGUAAAUAUCAAAAUCUACUUUAUGAUAAAGAGUAGAAUAAGAUGGUUUCUAAAUAUUUAGAGACAAAAUUUACCUGGAAAAAGUGCAAAGACAACAAAUCAAACAUCAACACUGAAAAUGUUUUUGGUUUUCUUUCCUUUUCAGAGCAGACAACAUGACAAUGUCAGCCGUGGUUUUAAAAAAACAAAGUUGAAUAUUUACUGAUCAGCCCCUCAGUCCACCCUAAAUGGGUCUCUGGUGUUUCUGGACCUGUUUCUAUCUGGUCUCCUCUCUUCAUGGUUCAGUUUUAACCUCAUUUGUGGAUGCAGUGAUGAACCGUGUUGACAGGCCAUGGUUAACUGAAGUUGAUAAUAAUAAUAAUAAUAAAGCAUCAGAUUUCAUAUAGCCCUUUAUCAGAGACCCUCAAAGAACUUUACAUUGGAUACAUGUCCUUAGUAGUCACAGCUGCCCUGGAGCAAACUGACGGAAACAUGGCUGCCAAUCCACGCCAACAACCUCUCUGACCACCACCAGUCGCACACACUGGGAACAAGGUGGGUUAAGUGUUUCGCCCAAGGACGCAACGGACAGACUCGGGAUAGGGGGGAAUCGAACUGCCAACCUUCCGGCUAUUGGACGACAGCUCUACCUCCUGAGUUACUGCCGUUAGCCCAGGAGGUAGUUGUCUUCUUUAUCUUGAAUCCACUUAUUCUUUCAAGAUCUAUGAAACUGUUGAACUAUUCGCUCACAGAGUCUCUCUCAGAACGGAGAACUUCUUCAAAUGAACGGAUAUUUUCGAUUACACAAAAACACUUUUUUUUAUUUGUCUUUGCACUCUGGUCAGUGAAACAAAACCUUUAAAUAAUUAAAAAAACAUCAAAAUCUCAUUUAUCGUCAUUUUAGCCAACAUCCCAACUGAAAACAGUUCCUGUUUUUACAAAAAGAAAAGGUGAAAAACGUUUCUAUAUAUUUGUAAAUAAAAGAAACUGGAUUUCCUGAUGUCACGAUGUUAAUGUGUUUGACUUCACUUCAAAAAUCUGUGUUCAAGACAAAAGAUUGUUUAAAAACUUUAUUGAUAAGGCAACACAAACAUGAUCAGUUAGAAUAAACUGUAUUACAGUGUU